CGCGAGUAUCUCGACCAGGCGGAGAAUACGGUCCUGAUCCAGAAGGCGCCGCUCUCCUGGUGGCCGGAAGGAGGCGGCGACUUCCGCGCCGACAGCACCGACGACACCGGCUGGUGGGCUCUCGCGAUGCUCAGCAUGUACGAGCUCACGGGCAACGAAAUGUAUCUCGAUAUCGCCAAGGAGGAUGAAGCGUACAUGUGGAGCUACUGGAACACGACGACGUGCAACGGCGGCCUGAUCUGGAACAUCCCGACGCUGAGCUACCACAACGCGAUCAGCAACGAGCUCUUCCUCGAGCUGACGGCCAAGCUGCACAACCUGAUCCCCAACGACACGGAGUACCUGAACCAUGCGAUGAAGGAGUGGGAGUGGUUCGCGGCGAGCGGCAUGGUGAACCCGGAGGGCCUCGUCAACGACGGGCUCACGGAGGACACGGCGUGCAUCAACAACGGCGCGACGACGUGGACGUACAACCAGGGCGUGGUGCUCGGCGGGCUCGUCGAGCUCUACAAGGCGACGGGCGAGACGUCGUACCUCGUCUCGGCGCGCUCGAUCGCCGACGCGGCGACGAAUAGCACGUUGCUGAUACAGGACGGCGUCGUGACGGAGCCGUGUUCCAGUGAGACGGACUGCGAGCCUAACGGUACUAAUUUCAAGGGCAUCUUUAUCCGCGAGCUCGCGAAGCUGAAUGCUGUGCUUGAUGACCACCCCUAUGCGGAUUUGAUCGCGCAGAACGCGGAGGUGGCGUAUAAUAACGCAAGGAACGCGUCUGAUUUCUAUGGGUUCCUGUGGAUGGGGCCGUUUGAUACUGUGACGAUCGGGACGCAGGAGGCCGCUGUGCAGUUGCUGACUGCGGCUUAUUUGGGAUGAUAGGUGGUGUUUGGAUAUUUUACCUGCUUGGGUAGAUGCCUACCUAGGUACCUAAGGAUUAGAAGGGUUAGGUGAGAGGAGAGUUCAAAUUUGGCAUGAGACAUGUUGUUUAAAGAGCAUACGACUGCAUGGAGUACGUUGGAUGUCGUUAUACCCAUAUUCGCUUUGUGUAUCAUAUAUAGGUACCUAGGGUUUGGGUUGUAGGGAGCUGGUGAAUACAACCCCUUUAAGUUCAAAUGGUGAUGUCUAGAAGAUACCGUAGCUGUUGAUUCUGUGGACUUUCACCUUCUAUAUCAUGAAAAUUAUGAGAUGUGUCACCG